GAAAAGCGGCUACAAGCGGAAGAAGAGGCUCCCUAUCUGCUUUCGGAUAGUCUUCCCUCUGUGGCGCUGGGUUUCUCAUUUUAACACGCUUUGAAUCAUGUCCACCCCGGCGAGGAGACGGCUUAUGAGGGAUUUUAAAAGACUUCAAGAAGAUCCUCCCACCGGUGUGAGCGGAGCACCGUCAGAGAACAACAUUAUGCUUUGGAACGCUGUUAUCUUUGGGCCUGUGGGAACACCAUUCGAAGAUGGAACGUUUAAGCUUCUGAUAGAGUUUUCAGAGGAGUACCCGAACAAACCUCCCACAGUUCGGUUUGUGUCCAGAAUGUUUCACCCAAAUGUUUAUGCAGAUGGCAGUAUAUGUUUAGACAUCCUUCAGAAUCGCUGGAGCCCCACAUAUGAUGUGUCGUCCAUACUCACCUCCAUCCAGUCGUUGCUGGACGAGCCAAACCCGAACAGUCCGGCCAACAGUCAGGCCGCGCAGCUCUAUCAGGAAAACAAGAGGGAAUACGAGAAGAGAGUGACAGCCAUCGUGGAGCAGAGCUGGGUGGACGUCUGAGCUUCUCUUGCACUCUGCUUCUUCCUCUCCAUCACCGUCUUGUCAUCAUCCCAUUACUUCAGUCUCUUUUUUUUUUUACUGCAUCAAAAAAACAACUAUAUCAGAAGAACUCAAGUGCCACCCUGAAAACACAAAAAGAAACUCGAGAGGACAACCAAACCAGAAUGGACAUUCACUUGCUUGCCAAUACAUUAGAGGAAAACGAGGGAGGGAAAUAAACCUUUUGUUUGUGUUUCUUGUUCUUAAUUUUACUUUUUUUUUUAUUGCAUGAUGUGAAAUAAGUUAUUGCUAACAGAAUUUGUAAUAUAUCUUUGUUGUUUGUUUGGAUUUAGUUGGCCUGUUUUGAGUUUUACAGAUAUAUUUUUUUUCCUUUUUCUUUUGUAAUGGCUGCUGGUGGGUACAACAUGGCUGUUUUGGGAAAAGGGCCAAAUCAGCAUAUUUUGAAAAUCAUUGAGGAACCUAGAAAAUGCCUUUUUAUUUUAUUUUUUAUCUUUCAAGUUAGCCACAGAUGCAGCUGAUGAAAAAAGAACAAUAGCUUAUCUGUUCUGAGCAUAUCUCUUUAUUAUUUUUAGACUCUGUAGGUUUGGGCUCACAGACGUCACAGGCUACAACUGUGCCAAGUGUCCCUCUGCGCUGAUGAAUCAUGGCUCCUUGGCAAGCCAGCUCCCAGCUUUCUAUUUUUUAUCAAUUAUAUUACAAGAGAGGGAGAGUAUUGAGAAAGGAGAUAUUAUCACCAGAACUUGACAGGAUGAGGUUUAAAUGCAGAUGCUACAGAGGAGAUCAGGGUCAAUGGAAAAGUUGGAAAAGUUUGAAUCAACGUUUGGAUUUCCAGUUGAUCCAGUACGUUUUCAAUUUAUAUCGACAGAGUAUAGGAGGCUGCGAAAUAAGCAAAACAAUAUCAUGAUGGUUCAGUCAUCGCUGAUUGGGCCAGAUUUUCCAAGAUGGCAGAUAGACACGUUGGUUGUUCUACAUGUUCUCAGUUCUUUUCUGCUUCUUUUCUAUAAUGCACAUUAAACCAUUUCUAGUAGUUCAUGGUUUAAGAAAAUUAAAGGUAAAAACAUCCAAAAGCUUCUCAGUUCCUCCUCCCAACAGGUCAUCUUCUGCCUGUGCCCGGCUGCUUCUCUAGUUUUCACUCACCACACACGACUUGUUUCAGCGGUGACGUCUGUCUGCCCAAGUUCAAGCGUCUUUCAAUCUUAUUUAAUAAUGACACAGCUGACAUGUGAAUGAACAAACAUAAGGACACAAGCAGUGCCGCUUGAUGCAUUAUACGUUGGACUGCUGCAGAGAAGAGCUCACUCGCAUGCAGUUGGACCCCGCCCCUGCUUCCACAGCACAUCAACUGCUUCCCCAAAGUUGGCGUCUCGAGCUUGCAUUUGUUUUACUCGUAUGUGAUGCCCAGUUGAAAGACCACUUGAGUAUAAAUCAUGAAUUUACCUCGCCCAGUUCCAGCUAAAUAAUCCAUGGAAAACCGUCACCAUGAAACAGCUCCACUUUUCUGAGACAGUACAGGUCAUAUUGUGGUUAGUGACUUAUAUCACCUAAUAAGCAGAUGGGAUAUGUUAUAAAAAUUGUGAAUUAAGCAAAAAAAUGUAUACUUAUAACAAUAUGCUGUAUAAACGUAAUAAAACACAUUUUUCAGACUUUGA